CUUUUCCUCUUCUCCAGUUCUCGCACCUCGCCAUACACCUGCAUUAUCCUCUUCUCCAGUCCUCUCGCCCGCCAUACAACUCGCAUUACGCCGCUUCUCCACGCCAUGCCCGCCACCCGCCACACACCCUCCCCCGCGCCACCCCAGCCGGCCGCAGAGCACCCCGCCGACCCCGCCGCCCCGCCGUCAGACCAACGAGCCAAGAAGAAGCGCCUCGGCGUCGACCCCAGCCUCAUCAUUGCAGAGGGAGGCAGGUCCAAGCGAAGACGUACGCCGUCCCCGCAGCCGGAGCAGCAGGAACACGUAGAUCCGGAUCCCAGAGACUCGGCGCGGGCAAAAGAAUUGGGCAUGGUCAUCUAUGAAAGAAUCAUGGGUUCAAAAACCAAAGAUGGCGAAUCCAUGUCCCAGCCUUUCGUAAAGCUUCCCAGCAAGAGGUCGUUUCCGGACUACUAUGAAACCAUCAAACAUCCCAUGAGCCUCGAGAUGGUCAAGACCAAGCUCGAUGCGCAGGAUUAUCAGACGCUGAAAGAGGUCGUUGCCGAUAUCGGCCAGAUAUUCAACAACGCUAAACGAUAUAACAUGAGAGAGUCUCUGCUAUUCCAAUGGGCUAAAAAGCUUCAUAAAAUGACCCGACUCUAUUAUGCCGAAAAGACCAACCCAGACAAACAUGGAGACGAUUCUGAAUCCGAUGCCGAAGGAGAACACCAUCCCACCUCCCGGGCGGGCACAUUACAGCCUGAUGCCGAUGGCAGUACACAUGGCGAAGAGGGAAGCCAAUGGUCAAAGCGGAAGAAGGGACCAUAUGCGAUCAAGGAAGGCCCGACAGUCUACAAACUGAUCAAGCCUGUUUUGAAAUCGGUCAAAGAGGCCAAAUCGAACGAUGGGAGCGGCAGGGAUAUUUCAGCCAUCUUUAUGGAGCUACCAGAUCGAAAAGACAUACCCGACUAUUACAGGACCAUCAAGAACCCAAUAUCACUGGAAGAAAUUGAGACAAAGCAUGCAGGAAGACGGUACGACUCAUGGGAAGAGUUCUUUGAUGAUAUGGAACUCAUGUGCAAUAACGCCAUGGAGUACAAUGCCGAUGGGAGCGACGUCUUUCAGGAUGCUCAGCAGAUAAUGGGUAUUCUCGCAUAUCACCGCGAACAAAUCCAUUAUCGUCUUACCCUUCCGCCGGGCGUCAAACCUUCUCGCUCGGGACAGAGGCCAUCUAAUGUCGCCUCUCUCCAAGCUGAAGGUAUGCAAACUACCUAUUCGGCCUCUCCUAGUUAUUCUCGUUCGCCUGCCAUUGGACAUACGUCCUUACCCAUGGCAACACCGAGUCCCAUGGCUGGCGCUAUCGCUCAUCACCAGUACCCAUCACACUCACAUCAACAGCAGCUCCAGCCCAAGUUUCAACAGCAUGUCCCGGCGCCUUCUCCCCAUUCUAUCCAGUCGCAAGUUUAUACCCCAGUCCCACAUCAGAUCCCUCAUACGCCGUCACCUGCCACUACCUCCACUUAUUUACCUGCCCUCCCUCCGGGAGUGGUCACCGAAGAAGUGGUCGCGUCUCUCGACCGAUACCCACUGUACGAGCAACAAGCCUGGCAGGCGAGCUUACCACCCCAUGCCCUGUCAGUUCUCAGACAGAUGGCAACCAACGUAGAGAUGCGGAAGAGGGCUGUAGCAGCUGCUGCCAUGGCCGGGCAGCAAGGGUAUCUGCCCCAAGGCAAUGUCCAUAUGGAUGCUUCAAGACCGUCAUUGAUACAUCAGGCUCAAGUGCAUGCGCAAGCUCAAGUGCAAGCUCAGGCUCAGGCUCAGGCGCAAGCACAAGCACAAGCCCAGGCGCAAGCCCAAGCAGCUUCCCGCACUCACACUCCUGUCGACAGACCACCCCCCCCGCCGCCUGUCAUCAAGUAUAUCGACUUUAGCUUCAGCCGUCCGGACAGUCCUAGCUCCAACGAGCGCGAAACUAUCCGGUUACAGAACCAAAGGGGCGUCGUCACCCAUUGUAUCAUGCUAGAUAAACAGACAAGCGAGGUCGAAGUGGUCGCCUACCCCGACCUGUCAUCGUUGCCGUCUCACGCGCCAGACGCCGACAUGGUUCUCAAACUCAAUAACACACCCAUUGCGUCGAAUGAGCCCGUCUUGGGGCGGGAUGAUCAACAGGCGGCUAUGAAAUGGAAGGUGGUCGUGCCGCUGACCAAGGUGGAUAAUAAAAUUGAGAUCAGUACUGGAAAGACGGAAGAGCAGGGUAGUACGAUUUAUUUGAGUCGACAAUAAAAUGAGGCCUGGUAAGCCUGGUUGCAUAAAAGUGAUUGUACGUUGUGUACGUGGGAUUGUUUUUAUAUUUUUGGGGGGCUAGGGGAGGAAAAGAUUGAAUAUGAAUACGCGUUAUGGAAU